UCUUUAGCUAGCAAAUCUGACAGCCGAAUAUACCGAACCCAAAAUUUCAGAAAUCAAAACAAAACGGCAUGCUAGCUACCAUAGCCCUUGAAUUUACUAUCUACUAGUAACUGGUGUGAACGGAAAAAGGGUUUAUUGCUAAUUUUGUGUAGUUUUAUGAACGUUUCAAAAUGGGAAAGGUCUCCAAACGGUAUUUCGAUACUGCCGACGAAAACGGUGAUCUAGAUAUCAAACCGCUCGCAAAAGAUCUCAAAAAAUGUAUCAAGAUAAAAAAGGAUCCGAUGGCUGAUAUGGAAACAAUACAAGUUAAUGAUCGUCAAUCUGGACAACGAAAACGCAAGCGGAAGAAAAAAUUACUCGAGAUCCCUGUUGAUUCAGAAGCACUGAAGCGACAUUCGCGUGGAGGUGGGCUUAAUCUAGAUGGAAUCAAAACCAAGUUUCAGAAAAUUCGACAAAAACGUAAAGAGAUCAACAUUGAGUUUGCUGCUGAGCAGGCGGCACGGGCAGAGAUUCUGCUGAACGAAGAUGAAGGGUACUUGGAAGUUGAUGAUGAUGAGAUGACCACCGAGGUCACGCAGGCUGAAAUUGUUAACAACGUUGAUAUCACUACUGCAGCAAAGCAUUUUAAUUUACAGUUAGAAUUUGGGCCGUACCGUAUGAGGUACACUAAAAAUGGAAAUUAUCUGUUGCUCGGUGGUAAAAAAGGACACGUUGCCGCGUUCAAUUGGGUCAGAAAGUCACUUUUGUGUGAAAUGAAUGUGAUGGAAUCAGUUCACGAUGUGGCUUGGUUAAUGAAUCAAACAAUGUUUGCUGUAGCACAGAAAAAUUGGGUUCAUGUGUAUGAUAGUAAGGGCACUGAAAUCCAUUGUAUUAAGGGAAUGAACCGGGUGACAAGGCUAGAAUAUCUACCUUUUCACUUUUUGUUGAAUUCCGCUAACGAUGAAGGCUAUUUGUCGUGGAUGGACAUUUCUAUUGGAAAAACAGUUAGCUGUUACAAUUCACGAAUGGGCCGUAUCAGUAUGAUGUGCCAAAAUCCUUGGAAUGCCGUUACAUGUGUGGGAAAUUCCAAAGGUGUUGUUUCAAUGUGGGCUCCUUCAGUACGUCAACCUUUGGCAAAAAUGCUUUGUCAUUCAAUGCCACUGACGGCGAUUGCAGUUGAUCCUAGCGGAACACAAUUGGCGACCGCAGGUCUCGAUCGAACGGUUAAACUAUGGGACAUUCGUCAGCUCGAAGGUCCUAUGCAAACCUACAAACUACAAACUGCUGCUUCUGGCAUUGAUCUGUCUCAAAAAGGUCUUAUGGCAAUUUCGAUCGGCAAUAUAUGCGAAAUUUAUCAAAAACCGAACCUGAUUCAACGAGAACUUCAUCCGUACCUACGCCAACGAUUGCCUUCAUCCAUCUCGAACGUACGUUUCUGUCCAUACGAAGAUAUUCUUGGCAUUGCAACCGCCACGGGGUACACGUCGAUUAUUGUACCUGGUUCCGGAGAACCCAACUUCGACACAAUGGAAGCGAAUCCAUUCCAAUCGUUGUCACAGCGUCGCGAGGAAGAAGUUCACAAUUUGCUGGAGAAGAUUCCGUCUGAGUUCAUUUCUCUCAAUCCAACGCAAAUCGGGGAGGUCGAUGUGCCUUCGAUGAAGGAACGGCUGGACACCAAAGCUAAACUGUUGACGAUGAAGGUACCCAAGAUUGACUUCGAGCCGCGGAUGAAAAAUCGUAUGUCAAAAGCAAAACGGUUCCGCAACAAACAAAUCGUGAAGGAAGUUAAACGGAAGGAAGCUAUUCAAAACAUCAAGAGUGCGAAAGAAUCGAUGAAAGAAAUCGUUUCUCAGGAAACACCAGAUUUCAUUCCGCUGGAAUCGACUAGCGUUCUUGAUAGAUUCAAGGAUAAGAAAAAGAAGAAAAAAUAAUAUUUGUGUGACACAAUUGCAAAUAAAUAAACAACAUUUAUUGAAACGCUUUAUUUAUAUUUGAUGGACGGUUAGUUUCUUUGCCGCAUGACACCACGUUGGCAGACAAACUUGCGUCUGUCUGCUUUGAGAACGUAGACAAUGGCCAGACCAUUGCGAAUAGUUAACUACUUAUUGAAGUUGGAAAAAAUACUAUUCUGUUCAGGGCCGGUGAUAGAGGUGGGUACGGUGGGUAGUACUACCCACCCGAAGAUUCC